GAGCAAGUGCCGCAGCUCAAGCCGCUCUUGCAGAGCCAGAUCUACUGUAGCAGAGGCCAGUGGGGCACUGACGUGCAGCUUCACGACUUCUUCGUGACGUCCAACAUCCAGACGGAUGACCCGUCCGAGGCAGACUUUUUCUUCGUGCCUGGCUAUGCCAUCUGCGUGCUGGAAGGCAACAUUUACAACUUGGAUGAGGUGGAUGAGCUGUACAAGGAGCUUGUGGUGGCGCUACCAUACUUCAAUGCCUCAGGCGGCAGAGACCACAUCUUUGUGUUCGGCUCUGGCAUGGCUCAGAGCGUGUUCCAGUCCUGGGAGGAGUACAUUCCGCAGGCCAUUGUGCUCACCCCUGAGACAGAGCUGUUCAACGACUUCGCCUGGGUUGCCAUACCUCCAUACAGACCUUUUAAGGAUGUUGUGAUUCCGGGGAGCUUGGAUCUGAUCGAGGUCAUCAAGGCCCUUGAGAAGUCGAAGCCCCUGCAAGAGCGGCGCUACCUGACCGCCUUCUUCGGCCGGGCCGACAUUGCCCGGGCCCUUCUUGGCAUUGGUUGCGACUCAGGUUUUCCGCCCAGCGAACCUUAUUGCGUGGAAGUCGGUAGGCACUCAACACACCUCAGCACCGCCAUUUCAGCGCUCUUUGAGGCACUUUGCGUUAGGCAGAGCUGUUUGAGUGAACAACUCAGCUAG